UGCCGCAGAACAGCGAAGAAGAAGGCAAAGACCAACAUGGCGUCCAGCAACAGUGACGAGUGGAGAGCUGUCUGCGACAAAUUCACCAACGCCCAACAUCUCACUGAUGUGGAAUCGCGAAACGACCCAGAAAAUGACCCAUUCCGCUCAAAGUACAAAGCCAGGGAGCUCUUCAGAGAGAUAUAUUGCUCUCUGAAGAGUUUCGAGGGCGGUGAGGCUGAAGAGGACAGCGGCGGAGAGAGCGGCGAGCAGCGGCCGGUGGAGCCUCCUGAGAGCGGACAUGAAGACGAUGGGUCCGGCCAGGGCUUCUGCGGAGACUCGCCAGAGGGGCUUCGGGCCGCUAAACUCGGGGCUGUCGAGUACUAUCUGGGCGUCAACCACAUCGACACAGAGGAGCUGUCUGCCGGACAGGAGCAUCUGAUGAACUGCAUGAGACUGCUGGAGAAAUGCAGGCUGUCGACGGAGAAUGUGUCGCUGUUUAUCCAUGUCAGGAAUCAGCUGGGUAUCCUAUGGGCGGGCCGAGAUGAGACUGAGACGGCUCAGGGAUUCCUUGAAACAGCAGAAUCUCUCUACCAACGUUACAUGAAGGAGGAUGGCAGUCCUCCCACUGAUAUGACAGAGUACUUUACUACUGAGGAGAAACUGCUGACACAUCAGGAACGGACCAAGAGGUUUGAGUUGGCCUACACCCACACCAUGUACUACCUUGCUCAAGUCUAUAAAAACCUUGGCCUUAAUGAGCGAGCUGCCACAUACUGCCAUAGCACCCUGCAGAGACAGCUACAGUUCAGUCAGUUCAGCCCAAUGGAGUGGGCUCUGAAUGCUGCCACACUAUCACAGUAUUACAUCACCAAGGGCCGAUACAUGGAGGGCCGACAUUGUCUCUCAGCGGCUACUGUCAUAUCAGAUUUGGCAGGAGAGGUUCCUUCUGAGGCUGCAGCACAGGAGAGUGAGACAGAGAGGGAUCGCAGAGAACAGCUCAGACAGAAGAGGGCAGAGAUUGCAAGAUGCUGGAUCAAAUACUGUGUCAACCUCUUGCAGGAUGCGAAGAAACAACUUGAGGACAAUAUUGGGGAGUUGGACACUGACCUUCAAGAAGAGCUGAAGAGAGCUAGAAGACGUGAGGAGGAAGAGGAGGAGAAAGAGAGGAAGAGCGCUCUGCUAUUUGGCUCUGAAGACACCUUUGACUCCAUCAUUAGCCAAGAGGAAAAGGUGAGCUGUCUGUUCCCUCUGGACUUCACUGAGGCUAGAGCUGUGUUUCUGGUGGGACAGAAUUAUGUCUCACAGGCUAAGGAAUACUUUCAGAUGGAUGGCUAUGUGACCGAUCACAUUGAGAUUUUGCAGGAUCACAGCACUCUCUUUAGGGGCCUUGCUUUUUUCGAAGAAGAUCUUGAACGACGAUGCAAAAUGCACAAACGACGAGUUGACAUGCUGGAGCCAGUAUGCAAUGACUUGAACAACCAAUAUUACCUAAUGAUCCGCAGACAGCUGAUGUUCGAGUUGGCUGAGAUCUACAAUGAGAUGAUGGACCUCAAACUAACACUGGCAAACAGACAAGCAGACGUACAGUCUCUGGAUAAACACACUAUUAAAAAAUUCAACCAUCUCUGCUCUGCAUCUACCAAAUUCUUCCAGAUGUUCCUGGACUCUCUGUGCUCUCCAGACGGGAAAGCCCCAGAGCACUUGGAGGAGGAAGUGCUCAGACCGGCUCUGGUGGCCCGUUUUAGAGUGGCCCGACUGCACAGCCGGCUGAUCAGUACUGUGCCAUGUAUUCAGCUGGAAAACCUCAACAAGGCCCUGGAAAACUACAAAUAUGUGGUGCAGUACUGCGAGGCCCACCCUGAGGCAGCUCCUGCCGUGACGACAGAGCUGGAACUGAGUACAGAGAUGGUCGGCCUGCUCCCUUUAAAAAUCAACCGCCUCAAAGCGAGGAUGGCUUCAAACACUUCAAACAACUGACAGACCCCACUGUUCACUGACUGACUUAUAAUACUCCUAACACUCUCACAUUAGCCAUGCUGUCUCUUUUCACCGCCUUACAGUCUGAGCACACUCCAACCAACAAGAACAAACGAAUGGUAAAUCUAUCGCCUCCCUCACUUAAUGUAUUGCUAAAGGCCUUGUUUUGUUGCAGUUAAAUGCAUUACAUGCUGUACAUAUUUGUUCUUCUCUGUAUGAAAACAUGUUGUCCUUUUCUUAUAAUUUAGCUGGCAUAAAACAAAACAUACUCAACUAAUCCAAUGUGAAAGUCUAGUAAAAUUAAUUCUUGUUUUACAUCAGUAAUUAUAAUAUAUCUUUCUUUUGAUUAAAGCACAUUAGCACACUUAAACUCUGUUACACAUAAAUUUUGUUUCUGAUGGAAAGAAAAAAAAAUAAAACCUUUUCAACAAUAUCAGGACUGUAUGAACCAUUAGUAACAACCUUCUUGGUGAGUAAAGAGUGCUUUAUUACAUUGAUGGUGGUAUACUAGACCUCAUAGUCCUGCAUGAUGCCUGCUAUAUCUGUGUAUAUUCUUCCUCUCUGUGCUCAUGUAUUGUAGAUAAUGUAUGUAAUGAUAAACUAAUGAUACAGAAACAAAAAUCUGUUAAAAAAUAAAUCUGUUCUUCUUGCUUGCAAAAAAGCAAGAUGUAAA